AAUGAGUGAUAGACCUGACGCAAGUCUUAGGGGUUAGUGUGGAGCUCUAUGUAAGUGUGACAAAAUAAUGGUGGCAUGUAAAGGAGUCUGGACGCAAGCCUUCUGGAAAGCAGUUACAGGAGAGUUUUUGGCCAUGCUCAUAUUUGUUCUGCUGAGCCUUGGAUCAACUAUAAACUGGAGCCCAAAGGAUAACCCUCAGCCAGCGGACCUGGUCCUUAUUUCUCUUUGCUUUGCACUUUCCAUCGCAACCCUAGUGCAAUGCUUUGGACAUAUAAGCGGAGGCCACAUUAAUCCUGCAGUCACUGUUGCAAUGGUUUGCAUGAGGAAGAUCAGCCUCGCAAAAUCAGUCUUUUAUAUUGUAGCACAAUGCUUGGGGGCAAUUGCAGGAGCAGGAAUUCUCUACUUGGUGACUCCAUCAGAUGUUGCUGGAAAUCUUGGCGCUACCCUGGUGAAUAAGAAGCUCUCUUCUGCUCACGGACUUCUCGUCGAACUAAUAAUUACAUUUCAGCUGGUAUUCACUAUUUGUGCAAGCUGUGACCCAAAGCGUAAAGACAUAACAGGAUCAGUAGCACUGGCCAUUGGAUUUUCUGUUUCUAUAGGACAUUUAUUUGCUAUCCCUUACACAGGAGCCAGCAUGAAUCCAGCCCGAUCCUUUGGUCCUGCUGUUAUUAUGAAUAAAUGGGAAAGUCACUGGGUGUAUUGGGUUGGACCAGUUCUCGGCGCUGUCAUUGCAGGAGCCCUUUAUGAAUAUGUCUACUGUCCAGAUCCUGAGAUGAAGAAUCAGUUAAAGGAGGUUUUGAAUAAAGCCACACAACAAUCCAAAGGAAAAUACAAGGAAGUAGAGGAGAAAAGCCAAUUAGAUUCUGAUGAUUUGCUUAUGAAACCAGUUAUGGUUCAUGUCAUUAAAGAAGAGAAAGACAAAGAGCCAUCUGGCGAGGUAUUAUCUUCGGUAUGACUAGAAGAAAGCAAUGAAAGCAGAGAGCAUCCUUCUCAAGUACAAACAACUCUUCUUCCAGUAAAAGAGACAGAUAUAUUGUGAAAGUGGAGAGUGACAUUUAAAGACUCCUCAUCAAAGGUUUUUUUUUAAAAAAAAACAUUUUGUACUUAUGUGUACAAUGAGCAAGCCUGAGUAAUGUUUAGAUUAAAACUAUAUAAUAUAUUUACACUUUGAUUCAUUUGACAAUGUCUUGUGGCAAAAGUAAGGUAAUAAAAAUGAUCCUUAACAAUAAGUCAAUACUGAGCCUGAAAAUCUGCCAGUUAAGCAUUUAGAUUGACAAUACACAUUAGUUUGAGUUACCCAUUGGCAAAUACAGACAAAUGCUCUUCCUCUGGCACAUAAUUGGCCGUUGUCAAGACUGAUUAAGACACUUCCCCCCUUUAUUCUGUUUCCAGAAACAUAUUCAGAACAGCAGUCAUCUAUGGUAAAAUGAUAAAUAAAAUGUUGGAGUUGAAAUUGAUAUUACAGCAAGAAAUGUAACUGCUGUAUAUAAUAAAUACUGCAUCUAAUGCUACUCUAUUGUCCAGCUCGAAGUAAACUUUUGAAAAAUAUUUUCCCCGUAGAAAGUAUCCUGCUGAAAAGCAUUGAAUGGCUUCAGGAGGUAGAAGAAUCUUUAAGUAGCAGCCUCUGUUGCCUGUCCAUGCAUCUUUCUGUGAGUUUGAUCUGUUGACUGACUAUGGCAAUUCAUCACGACUGUAGAAACCCGUCUGAAUCAGCCUCUAAAAAUAGAAAAACAUAAAUCCAAGGAUAAGCUCUGUUCAUUUAGACAGCUAAAGAUUCCCUGCUUCUAGCUCUCUCAGUAAGUACUUUGUCUUUGGUUUACUGUACCUUUGUCUCAGACUGUCUAAUAGUGCAAGAGGUUACAAAGGAACCCAGGUUAAAUUUUAAGCAACUGAAGACCUUGGCAAAUGUUAAUGUUCAUAAGUAGUGAUGGGCGAAUUUAUUCGCCAGGCGCGAAUUUGCCGCGAAUUUGUGAGCCAGCAAAUAAAUUCGCAAAACGCCCGCAAAAAAUCGCCCGAAAAAAUUCGCCGGCGUCAAAAAAAAUAAUUUUGCGCGUCGUCAAAAAUGGCCGCCGGCGUCAAAAACGAGACAUCGACCCCGUUUUGCAAAUCUUUUGCCGUUUCGCAAAUUAUACGCGAAAUUCGUGAAUUUUUCUGCGAAUCUAAACGGCGCAAAUUCGCCCAUCACUAUUCAUAAGUCCACAUUCAGGAGAACACUGAACAGCAAUGGUGUGUAUGGCAGGGUAACAAGGAGAAAGCCACUGCUCUCCCCCAAAAAUAUUGUAGAUCAUCUAGCGUUUGCUAAAGAUCAUAUGGACCAACCAGAAGGAUACUGGAAUAAUGUUUUGUGGACGGAUGAAGCCAAAAUUGAACUUUUUGGCUUAAAUGAGGAGCGUUACAUUUGGAGAAGGAAAAACACUGCAUUCCAGCAUCAGAACAUUAUCCCAUCUGUGAAACAUGGUGGUGGGAGUGUUCUGGUUUGGGCUUGUUUUUCUGCAUCUGGGCCUGAAUGGCUUGCUAUCAUUGAUAGAACAUUGAAUUCUGAAUUAUACAAGAGGAUUCUAAAGGAAAAUGUCAAGGCAUCUUUCUGUGAACUGAAUCUCCAGAGAAAGUAGGUCAUGCAGCAACACAACGAUCCUAAACAUACACAAGUCGUUCUACCGAAGAAGAAUAAAGUCAAAGUCCUGACCUUAAUCCAAUUGAAAUGUUGUGGAAAGACCUAAAGUGAAUGGUUCAUGUGAGGAAACCCACCAACAUCAAAGAGCUGAAGCUGUUCUGUAUGGGGUAUUGGGCUAAAAUUUGAUGCUAUUCGAUGUGCAGGACUGAGCAACACGUACUUCAA